AGUGUUUGCGUAUUGCAUACCUUCAGGCGGAUUGAUGGAAACGCUUCCCCUGCUUCAGAAGCAUUCACUCUCCAUCUCUUUUCCACUGCCAUCGACCAGAAAGAGAUGCAUCGCUUCAACGCACAUGCGAGAAAACAUAAACAUUUGCAGCUUUUCUGCGGACCAGCAAACAAUCGGAAAAGCUUUCCUCCUUGCUAGAAGAUUAGAAAACGCGGAAGUGAUGUUGAGUUAAAAGGGAGUUUUCCAAACACCCAGAAGUGCAGAAGCAGCGUCGAGAUUGGUUAGCGAUGGAUUUGAUUCUAGUUGGUGUAACAACAAAACCAACGAGCAGGAAACUUGUUUUCUGUCCAAACGACGUGUAACUUGCUGCUGGCUGCUACUUUCACAUUUUAACUGCUCUCUGUGUGUCUGUGUGUGUGUGUGUGUGUGUGUGUGUGUGUGUGUGUGUGUCUGGGGGUGGCGCAAAGGGGCGCGCUCGUAUAGAGCAGAGCGAGAAGAGCAAAACAAAAAACGCAAAACGCAAAACAAAAGUAAAAGUUUUAUCUUCCUCACAUCGUUUCGCGUUGGAAAUUACGGUUCGUUGUACUUUCGCUGCGGAAAUCCGAUGGCCAAACCUGCAAAGUUCUUGCGCAAUGUUCCACGCCUGUCCACGCUGUUCCCGCUGGUGCUGUACGUGCUGUUCAUACUCUGUAUACUAGUGUUGGCGUUUUCCUCCCGCAGCCACAGCGAUGGAAAGGGUCAAAAGACGGAACAAGCCGGAAGUGGUGUAUCGAGCAACGAGAGCCCGAAUGGGCCCGCGCCGCUCGUUUACCGGAAGCUGGAGGAAAGUGUGGUAAAGGAGCUGACGGAAGCGUUCGCGAAGGCCGACACAAAUGGCGACAAGCAUCUGACCGUGCAGGAGUUAGCAAAGUUCAUUAACUUUAAGAUACGCGAACACAUCGACGAAGCGAUCCGCACCAAUCCGAUCAUGUUCGUCGAGAUCGACCACAAACCGCGGGACGGUCUGGUGAGCUGGGACGAGUACCAGGGCUACUGGUUGCGCGGGCAGGGCAUACAGGGGGACAGCCACAUGAAGAAGAGCGCAUUUGACAAGCUGGACCGGAAGGUGAAGGAAUCGAUCGCACGUGACAAAGCGCACUGGAUGGAGGCGGCCCGGACCGAUCCGCUCAGCCUGACGCUGGACGAGUUUCUUUCCUUUCGCCAUCCGGAAUCGAGCACCGUCAACUUGCUCAAUCUCGUCGACGACAUACUGCGACAGUUUGACGAGGACGGCGAUGACCAUCUGACGGUGGAGGAGUUUUCCGACGUGCAAACGACCGAUCUGGGCGAAGGUAAAAAGUUUAUCCUUUCGCAGAACGUGCGCGAGCGGAGGGAAGAGUUCACGAAGGUGAUCGACAAAAAUCGGGACGGGAAAGCGGAUCGGGGUGAGCUGCUGUCGUACGUUGAUCCGCGGCAUCCGCGCUAUGCAAUACAGGAAGCAUCGACACUGUUUACGCUGGCCGAUGCAAACAAGGAUAAGAAGCUGCUGAUGCAUGAGAUGCUGGCCAAAUCGGCAAUAUUCAUAUCGUCGAAAAUGGUGCACACUGCGGAAAGUUUUCAUGAUGAGUUUUAAGUAGUGUAUCGUAAAGUGCGAGCAAUCAACGUUCCUUGCUUUGGAAGUGAUCGACAUAUCUGUGAAAUAAAUGUGUUGUGUUUGUUUUAUUUAAAUUGUGCUUUAAA